AUGAUGUAAAAUGUUAAACUAAAUGUGAAGUUUAUUAUGUUAUUUCAUGGAAAUGGUGGUUUAAAUGGCGUUAUUAUAUUUUAAGAAUUCGGAGGUCAUAGUUUAGGCGACAGACCUCCCUAAAUUGACAAUUCAGAUAUGCAAGGAGAAUAUGAAUAAGAAUUGUAAAAAAAUAUACUUUUAAAUCAUGAUUAUGUAGUAAUUCCUUAAAAUGCAUGGGAAAAAUUAUAAAUAUGGUAUGGAGGAGGGCCAGCAUUUAAAAGAAAAUAAAUAUUUGAUCCAAAAAGAAACAUAAAGACUUUGGAAUUAUAUCCUCCGGUUAUAUAAGGAUAUAUUGUAAAAAAUAAUGGUGAUAUUGAUUAUGAUAGUAAAAAGGAACUAAUGAUUAGUAAUUGGAAAUCUAUUAAAGAUAUUUUUAAGAAAUUUCAAAAAAAAUAGAAAUUUAGAAAAUUUGAUAUUCUUUAUUACAAAAAGUUGGGUACUAAAUUUGAAAAAGAAAUUGACAUUGAAAAAAGAUUAAUUGAUCUUUUAAUAGAAAGUGGAACUAUAUUUGUUUUUAUGAAUAAAUAAAUAGAACCCAAAUUCUUACAAAAAUAACUUAAAAUUGAACUUGAAAACAAUCAAAAUGAAUAUUCUUAUUAUGAAAUCGGAGAUAUGCUUUAUAUUAAUCACCCUACCGAAAGGAAAAAAAAAAUAGGAUAUAUUUAUUAAAUAAAGUAAUUAAAAAAAAUAAAAAAAUAUUUCAUAUAAAUUUAACAUUAUAUUAAAAUAAGAAAUAAUUAAAUAAAAAUUCAUUUCAAAAAGGAAAGUUUCAAAAAUGAUAUUUGGUUUGAAAAAUAAUAACUAUAUAAUUACAUAUAAAAAAAUAAUUCUUAAAUGAUAAUAAAUAGCUUUGAUAAUUUAAUAAAACCAAAUAAUGGAUAUAAUCCAAAAAUAAUAGGACUUGCAAAUUUAGGAAAUACAUGUUUUAUUAAUUGUGUAAUAUAAUGUUUGGUUUAUACUCCUUUUUUUCGUUAAUAUUUAUUAAAUGAAGGCUAUUUAGACAUAAUAAAAGAUAAUAAAAAAUAAAAUAACAUAUAAACAAUGAAUACUAGCAAUAAUUUUAAUAAUAACAUUCAGAAUGAAUAUUCACUUAUAAGCGAAUUAUCAAAAUUAACAAAAAUUCUUGAUGAAAAACCAUAUAAUGAUGUAUAUAAUCCUGUAUAACCUUAAAAUUUAAAAAGAGCUAUUGACUUUGUUAUGCCUUAAUUUUCUGGUUAUGAAUAAUAAGAUGCUUAAGAAUUCCUUUAAGGACUUUUAGAUAAUCUAAAUGAAGAAGUAAAACAAAUAAAAAAAGUAUGGAAAUAAAAAUAGGCUGAUACUAAAAACGUUUAAAAUUUAAUAAAUAAUUAAAAUGAAAAUAUUUAAUAAAAAUAAGAGUUAAAUAAUGAAGUUGAAGAAAUAUAGGAAAACUCAGUAAUAAAGGACGUUUUUAUUGGUUAAACUAUUAAUACUAUUGUAUGUUCCGCUUGUAGUAAUAUAAACUAUAAAUAUGAAGAUUUUUUUACCAUGUCUUUACCACUACCUAUAAAAAAAAAAAUUAAAAAAAAUAAGCAAAAUAUCUUUUAUGAAGUGACAUAUAUACCUAGAGUAAAUUAAGAUUAUGUACCUGCAAUAAUAAAAUUUGGAAUUACAAUAAAAUAAAAUGCAAUAUUAGGAGAUUUUUAUAAAGAGUUUGAAAAAUAAAGUGGUAUAAAUACAUAAAAGCUGAUUUUUGGGGAAAUCUAUUAACAUAAUUUACAUUAAAAUUUUAAUUAAACAGAUGUUAAUAUCCCAAUGAGAAAUCUAGGAAUUCGCUCACAGGACCAAAUUGCAGCUUUUGAAACUUUGCAAUCGUUUUAACAAUUAGAAGAAGAAAGAAAUAGCUUGUUACCCAAAUAAUUUUAUGAUGAUGAAAAAUCUAUGAACUAAGGAGAUUUUGUUGAUGUUCUUUUAUAUAAUAAUGUAUGGGUCCAUGCUAAAAUAGAAGAUAUUAAUAUUAAAGAAAGAUGGAGUAAAUAAUAUAAAUAUUUUUUUAAUAUAAAAUUAACUAAGAAACCAAAUACUAAAUGUGAAUAUAUUAUAGGAGACGGCCAAAGAAUAUAAUCAUUUCGUUCAAAAAUAUGUAUAUAUCCGAACAAUAUAGGUUAUUUUGUACCUAUAGUAAAUAGAAGAUAUAAAAAUAAAAUAAUGGAAAAAUUCGGAUUACCAUUUUGUAUAAUAGUUCCAAUAUGGUUAACUUGGAAGGAGUUUCAUUUGUAAAUAUAUAAUUAAAUAAAGAGAUGUAUAGAUUUCGAAUAUUUAAUAAAAAAAUAUAAAAAUACUAAAAUUCUAUAAUCAUAAAAAAUAAUAUAAAAAGGAUAUUAGAAAUUAAAUGAAUUUAUAAAUGGGGAAAACGAUUAAUAAUUUAAUAAUUAUUAUUAAUAAUAAUAAUAAUAAUAAUAAUAAUAAUAAUAAUAAUAAUAAUAAUUACAAUAAUUAUAAUAAUUAUAAUUAUAAUAACAUCAUAAAUCUUAUACAAAUAUUAAUUUAAAUAAUGAUGAUUAAUAAUAAAAAUAUGGUUAAUUUUCUGCUAUUAAUAAUUCUGAAUUUUUCCCUUAUAACUUAAGAUUAAUGGAUUGCAAUACAGAAAAAUGUGCGAUUUGUGAUCUUCCAAUAUAAUAUUCAGAUUAAUAAUUUUUAUAAAAAGAAUAUUGUAAAGGAUGUGAACCUGGAUUAGUUAAUGUACCUUUAUUAUGGCUUUUAUAAUCAUCAGAUUUAAAAGUUGCAAUUGAUUGGAAAGAUUCUUUAAGUUUUAAAUUAUAAAGUAUGGUACCUUAGAUAGACAAAAGUUUUGUUGAAUUAAAAAAAUAUUAAAAUGAAAAUAAAAUGGGUAUACCUAUUGAAAAUUGCUUUAAUUUAUUUUCGAAACAAGAAAAAUUAGAACUUAAAUGUGAUAAAUGCAAUUUAAAUUAAAUAUAAUCUACAAUACUUUAAAUACAUAAACUUCCAAAUAUUUUAAUAGUAAAUUUUUAUACUAAUAAUUAAUUUUUAGAUAAAUAUAUAAAUUAGUUACAUUUAAACAGGUUUCAAUUUUAAAAUGGUCUAUUUGAAAAAAUAGAUAAUCUAGUAAAAUACCCGCUUAAAAAAUUAAAAUUAAAUGAUUGGCUACAUAAACCUAACGUAUUAAAUAAUCAAAACACAGUUGAUGAUUAAUAUGAUUUGUUUGCUGUUAUAAAUCAUAUUGGAAAUGGAAAUGGAGGUCAUUAUACAAGCUUUGUUAAAAUUGAUGAGAACGAUUGUUGGGUUUAAUUUGAUGAUGAAAAUGCACAAUAUACCUCAGAAGAUUAAGUAUUAUCAAAAAGAGGAUAUAUAUUAUUUUAUAAAAAAUAAUUUCCUACAUCAGCAAUUAUAAAUUUAACAUAUAAAAAUAUUUGA